AGUAACCUUUCAUACAGUGUGCCUGUGAUCAUAUGCCACUGGCAGCUCUGCCAUGACCCUGUAUAUGUUGGGCUGUUUGAAGAUGGCUUCGUCUUGCUUUCUUUGCAUGUUAUAGCUUCUGACAUGCAAAUCAGCAAGGCUGACAGUACAGAGGAUACGGUGGAGACACAUGACAUAAUGGAACAAAAGGCUGCAACACUCUUCUUGUCACAUUAAUUCUGUCGUCAGUGUUCAAAGCACUGGCUUAUGUAUUUCACAGAAACAAAGCUAAAUGCAAUACAACCCUCAUCCACAGCGCUAAACCACAUCUUAAUGUAGGCCUACAGCAGUGUAAAUGUUAACAUCCAAUAUAGCCUCUAUUUUAACUCAAUUAUUCCCAAAGCCCAGACCAUUCCCAGAGAAACAGUCCAGUUAUGUCUUUCCCAUUGCCGUGGUUUAUGACUUGAGCAACCAGAAAUGACAGGUCAAACUAUUUUGGGGGCCCCUGUAAAACUGUCUUUAGUCAUACUAGGUCAUUUUGGACUAUUCUAAGCCAACACUAGUACACAGCUGUGUUUCAAAGGGGUCAGCCUGACAACUUUAAUCAUAUAAACAAUUCUAAAACUUAAAACCCAUGGUAUGCUAUGGUAAUUGCAAUAUGAGUUGGAAUGCAUUUAGUGAGCUUAGCUUUGCUUUAAUUCUAUGGUUUUAACAUUUAAAUGGGGGACAUUCCAAUCCACUCAGUACACAAAGCACAAAUACUUUUAAAAACGUAAAUGCUCACUUGUGACACAUUAAAUACACAAACCAGCUAGGGUAGGCUACACAACGUCAUUAUCUCUGGUAUCUCCCUUUUCAAAUCCAAUACUUUUAAUGAAUUCACUAUAAUAUAUGUAUAUACUUUCUCAAGCCCAAUUAAAAUAUUUUAAUUUGCUAUUAGUUUGUUAUCAUAUCGAUUACUUUAUUCAAUGAGUGUAUUGCACCACCUACUGGAUUCUACCGAAUAAUGAGCAGAAGAGUUCAGUAGCUGGAAUGUCCCCUCUCAUUUAGACACAAUUUAUUUGCAUGAUAAACCGUGGGUUAUGUUUGCCAGGAAUACUUUAGCGGAUGUCCCCUCAUUGAAACAAAAAUAUACCGUUAGUCCAGAGUGUGUUCCAGAUAAUUUUAUCCAUUGCUGUAUGGGAGCGGAACGUUCGUAGAAUCUUGUGCGGUGCGUAUACCCAUAUUUACGGUAACUCUACCGGCUAGCAUACAAGAUGGCGGCUCCCAUAAUAGAAACAUGUCAUGUCGCAUGUUGUGCAAAUCGAACCCCAAAUGUUCUUUCAUGGGGUCGUGGGGGUCUCAUUGCAUAUGGAACAUGCCAUUCUGUCGCUCUCUAUGACCCACAGGAGAAAGGUGUUGUUGCUGUCCUCAAUGGACAUACCGGGAGGGUGAACACAGUCCAGUGGAUCCACAGAGAGGACUGUGGUAGAGAAACUCACCUGGUGUCAGGAGGGUCUGACAGUCUACUGAUUGUGUGGGAGGCCCAAGAUGGGAAGUUUAAACAGUGUGUUGAGUGUGUUGGACAUACUGGACCAGUGUGUGCUGUGGAUGCCAUCCACCUGGACAACAGUAAGCUACUCAUCGCCUCCACAGCCUCCGACUCCACUGUAAAACUAUGGCUCUACACUGCAAAUAAAGCGGAGUGCACCCAUACCAUAUCCUUUGGGAGCGGGUUUAUGAUGGAUGUCUCGCUAGCGUGGUUGCCUGGCAGCAGAGUUCCCAUACUUGCCUGCGGGGGCGACGAUUGCACAAUCCAUUUGUAUGCACAGUGCAAUGGACAGUUCAGGAAAGUCCUCUCCUUGCAAGGGCAUGAGGAUUGGAUCCGUGGUGUGGAGUGGGCCUGUGUAGACGGCGAUCUGUUACUGGCCAGCUGUGCUCAGGACUGUCUGAUCCGGGUUUGGAGGCUGGUUGCCAAGUCUAGGACGAAGAGAAACGUGCAGGACGAACGCACCAUUAGGAUGACUGAAGAUGUCUUUACACUGACACAGAAUGAUGCCUCCUCAGCGUUUGCAGUGACGCUAGAGUCAGUUCUUGCCGGCCACGAGAACAAGGUCUAUGGAGUCCACUGGCAGCCCCCUGUCAUCAAAGGUGGCGACCAGCACCAGUCUCUGAGCCUGCUCUCUGCUUCCAUGGACAAGACCAUGAUCCUGUGGGCUCAGGAGGAAGGCUCAGGGGUGUGGGUGGAGCAGGUGCGUGUAGGGGAGGUGGGGGGAAACACACUGGGUUUCUACGGUUGUCAGAUGAGUCCAGAUGGAUCCAUGAUCCUGGCCCAUGCCUUUCACGGAGCGCUGCAUCUCUGGACCCAGAGCCACGGCAAAGAGGGAGAGUGGAGUCCAGGGGUGGUGAUAUCUGGUCACUUCAACGCGGUUCAGGACCUGAGCUGGGACCCUGAGGGGGAAUUCAUCCUCAGUGUAGGGUCGGACCAGACCACCAGGCUACUAACACCCUGGAAGCGGAAGGACCAAACACAGCCUACCUGGCACGAGAUCUCUCGCCCCCAGAUUCACGGCUAUGACAUGCAGUGUCUGGCCAUGGUGGGCCGCUUCCAGUACGUCUCCGGGGCCGACGAGAAGGUCCUCCGGGUGUUCCGCGCCCCCCGCAACUUUGUGGAGAACUUUGCAAACAUCUCUGGCACACCUCUGGCGAAACUGCUGGCCUCCAGUGACACUGUAGAUCAACCAGAAGGGGCCAGUACCCCUGCCCUAGGUCUCUCCAAUAAGGCUGUGUUUCAAGGUGAUCUUGUUCCCAAGACCAAUGAAGAGGACGGAACCGGGUUCAACAGUGUUUCUGACCAAUACCAAGAGUCCUACUUCCACCCUCUCACCCUUAAUGAGCCACCUCCAGAGGACCACCUCCUUCAAAACACACUAUGGCCUGAGGUCCAAAAACUGUACGGACAUGGCUUUGAGAUGUUCUGUCUAGCGUCUGACAGUGGGAGGACGGUGGUGGCGUCGGCAUGUAAGGCCUCUAAGGCUGAGCAUGCGGCCGUGCUGCUCUGGAGUGCCACUUCCUGGCGCCAGCUACAGGCGCUGCCCUGCCACAGCCUCACUGUCACCCAGAUGGCCUUCUCUCCCAACGGACUGUUCCUAUUGGCCGUGUCCCGGGACAGGACCUGGUCGCUAUGGAGACGGGACGACCCCGCCGCCACCACUACAAACACAGAACCCCAUUUCUCCCUGUACACAUCUACCAGGAAGGACACGGCCGUACACACGCGCAUCAUAUGGUCAUGUGACUGGAGCGCCGACAACAAGUACUUUGUGACGUCGAGUCGAGACAAGAAGGUGAUAGUGUGGGGUGACUGCAGUAGUUCUGAGGCCAGUGUGACCCCUGAUGAACCCCCAGUCAUCCGGCCCUGUUCCUCCAUAUUAGACGUAGGAGACUCGGCCACUGCUGUCUCCUUCUGCCCCAUCCUGUGCCCCGGCAACAGCUAUCUGCUGGCGGUGGGGCUGGAGAGUGGUCAGGUCCUGCUGUAUAAGUGGGAAUGCAUUGAGGAGCCUGCUGGAGCAUCAGACUGGACCAGAUAUGGAGAAACUGACUCCUCUCAGAGUCACUCGCUGACGGUGAAGAGGCUGCGCUGGAGGCCGAGGGCGGGCCGAGCCGGCCAGGGGGGUGAGGAGGUAGGCAGGGGCGAGGGCAGCUCCUGGGUACAGCUAGCCAGUGCAGGGGCAGACCACUCUGUCAAAAUCUUCAACAUCAACAGACUGGCUGUGUAGCUUGCAUUGGGCCGGAGACACUGACACCAUUAGAUCGUGGUAUCCUGAUACUGCUGACUGAGACUACAGGGCUGUCUGGAGCGGAGAGGAGUGGAGCAGACCUGGGGCUGGCUGUUCACUGGGUCAUUCCAUUCACCCUGUGUGACAACCAGCCAGCUAGCUCAGACAAGAUAGUCACACGGCCAGGUCUGGUUGUCUGGGCUACAGGCUGCUUUCAGGAUGCCCCUAGCCCAGGACUUCUUUCUCUCUCGAUGCAGCCCUGGUCUUUAUCUUCUGUAUUUAUGCUCUUAUUAAGGUCUGAGAUGAGUGGUAUUAGGCUCACCGUUUCAACAUACUUUUAUGUUAAUGUAUUCAUUUGUUAGGGUUCAGUAACUGUCAAAUCAAGUCAUGUUUGAAUGUCCCCUGGUUUGUUGAUUAUCAUAGCUUCUUUCUUUGUGGUGUAUUGCGGUCUCUUCAUGUUCUGAAUGCUUGAAAUGUCCUUAGAAAAAAAUGACACAGUACUGAUACUUUUAAUGUAAAAUAAGUUACAUAUCUGAAUAAAGCUCUUUUUGUAUACAUA